GGCUCCUUCCCUAAAGCAGUUGAGCUGAGCGCGCCUGUCAUAUGAGCCCAGGAGAAAAGCGCACCAGAGCCGAACAUCCAAUGGAAGUUUAACUCAAAAGAAGCGCAGCGAUGACAGCCGAGUUUAUUUCACUUCGAAGUGACUGAGAUCCGCAUCUUGCUGCGUCGCAUCCGAUCCGAUUCGAUUCAGCCUACUGUGAGGAUGCAAAGGAGAUACAGGAUGAAUUCCGCUUUUAUCGCAGUGUUAUUUGGAGUGGUAGGUGCUCUGGCAAAUAAGGAGGAAUGUGUUUCACGCCAGUAUACAACUAGCGGAGAAUGCUGCGUGCAGUGCCAGCCCGGUGAGGGCGUCGUCAAACCAUGUGGAGUCACACAGACUGUCUGCGCCCCCUGCCUUGACAGUGAAACCUUCUCAGAAAACUUCAGUCACACAGAGACAUGUCAGCCCUGCACAGUAUGCACAGGUCCAUUCCGCAUGAAGGCGCCUUGUACAGACUCCAAUGACGCCACCUGUGUCUGCAACUAUAGCUACUAUAUGAAUACGGUCUCUCAGCGGUGUGAACCCUGCACCAAAUGUCCUGAAGGCCAGGGCAUGCUGUACAGCUGUGAGUUUGACCAUGACACGAUGUGUGAGGAGUGCACCGGGGACACCUACUCGGACCAGGAAAGUUCUCGGGAGCCCUGCAUCCCCUGCACCACCUGUGAUGACGGGGAAGUGUUACAGCCCUGCACCUCUCUCACAGAUACAGUUUGUCCUGCUCCUACAGUUUACGAAGAUGCAGUGUCUCCCACGCCCUUUUCGAGUAACUCUACACCCACCUACGAUGACUUCCCACCAGAUGGCCUCCCACCAGAGGGCCCUACAGACACCACCACCACCACUAAUGGUGAUUCCAAGGAGCCGAUCUACCAUCUGAAUAUCAAACUCAUCCCCAUCUACUGCUCCAUCCUGGCAGCUGUUGUAGUCGGCUUCGUGGCUUUCAUUAUCUUCAAGAGGUGGAACAGCUGGAAGCAGAACAAGCAAGGAGCUAACAACUGCACAGCCAACCAGAACCAGACGCCGUCACCUGAGGGAGAGAAGCUGCACAGUGACAGUGGCAUUUCUGUGGACAGCCAAAGUCUGCAGGAGCAGCAGGGCCAGACUGGGGCACAUACAGUUGUCACCAUGGAUGAAGAGCCUUGUUUGCUCCUUCCUCUCCACACCAGAGAGAAAGUGGAGAAGUUGCUGUUCAGGGGCAACAAAGGAGAUGACUGCAACCACAUGGAGGACAGUGACUGGUGCAACCUGGCGGGCCUUCUGGGAUACGAGGAGGAGCGGAUUGCUACCUUCCAACAGGAAGAGCAUCCUGUCCGCGCGCUCCUGUCUGACUGGGCGAGCAAGGACUGUGCCAGCAUCGACACGCUGUGCACGGCGCUGCGCAAAAUUAACCGCGAUGACAUCGCCCAGAGUCUGGUGCUAAGCCCGAAUGUUACGAAGCCUACCGCCACUUCUGUAGUGUGAUUUGAACUUAACAGUAAGCAAACCACCUUAACCUUAAUAUUCUUCCAUGGCCUCCCUCCACAUAAUUCAUGCUAGAACCGCUUAAAAGUUAUUCCCUCAAGAAGCCAGCAGUCAAAUAUCAUGAGUCCAGAAGAAUCGUGUUUAAUCAAGGAAUAAAAUGCCAGAGAUAUAAAAACUGCAUGAAUAUCAUCAUACUUAAUAAAGCCAAAACUCUUCACUUAAUCAUCUGGAUGUGCUUAUAAUCAUUCAUUCUCACGUUUUAAAAUCCACACACUGUAAAGCCUAUGUGGAAGAAAACCGUCUAUAAUCAUUCCAUUUUUGGCCUGGAUAUCCAUUUGCCUUCCCACACUAUUACCAUCCUCUGACUUUAUUAACCAUAGAGCAGAAAUGGGCUUUGAACUGAAUUUAUUGUGGAUACCUAGCUCUUUCAUUCCUACAACUUGAUCCGCUGCAUCUUUAUUCCUAAACAUUCAUAGUUAGUUUGUCCCUAGCUUUUAGCAUUCAUACACCAGUGUUGUACCUUGUUACUUUACAAAUCUAUGCUACCAAAGAGGAGUAAACGUCUUGAGACCAUACCUGACGAGCGACAUUAUUUACAUGCCACGUUAGACUUUUUGCAUUUAAGUUGUCAAACGGCUUGUGUCUGUCACUGCUACCCGAUUGGGCCUGCGUACCACGGAGUAUCUGGAUCUUUGCAAAUAUGACAACCUGAGGAAGGAUGCUUGGAUGCUUUUCAAAUGAACUUUGAUCUCUUUCAGCAAAAACAAAAGUCCAGCUAUGUGCUCUUAUUUUAAAUAUGUGAGACAUUGAGCUGCAGCACACAUGGGAUUGAUCUCAACUAACUGGUUUCUGCAGACCCUUCCUUCUUCCGACAAUUGCUAUAAGAACUGCUGGCUGGACUUUGCCAACUAGGUGGUCUGAGGUCUGAGGUCAUUGAACGAGGCAACAUGAGACACUAUUCUAUGUGCUCAGGUCUAUCUGCAUAACACAGAAGCUCGCACACAGACUCCAUCAUACUGACCCAGAAAAAGGAUGUGGAAUUCAAAAGUAACAACUAUGUACACAAUACAUACAUAGGCACACACCAUACUCAUACUGUACAUACAUACACACAUAGACCAACAGUAUAUAACCAUGCAUGUAAAAACACACACACACACACACACACACACACACACACACAAAAUUCCAGAUCCUGCCAUAUACUUUAUGAAAACACUUUCAUGAGAGGACCAUGUAUUGUUUAAUCUCAUUAUUAGUAGCCAAUGUAUGGUAAUCGUAUGUCUAAAAUCAAUUUAAUUUACAAUGUGUGCUAUAGGUGAAAUGCUACCUUAACAGUAAACAGCAUGCAGAAACUAGCAACUCAAAUUCCAAGAAAAAAACAAAACAUACAGAAUAAUCAGAAUGCCAAACAAAAGUCCAGGGUUUUCUAUCUUUUUUGCUUAAUUUCUCAGGGUAUCUUGAAUGACUGUUACAUCAAUGUUACACUUAUUAAUUUUUAUUAUUAUUAUUGCACCCUUUAUAGACACUGUGUUUAUCCAAAGCAGUGAUUCUUGCGACUGACAAUCCUUCAGACAGGUGAAUAAGAAAAGGUAAGCGGGCCAGAAAAUAAAGAAAAAAGGGUGUCUUGUUUCCUCAUUGUUUGCAACAAUGACCUCUGGAUAAAAGGCAAGUCAGUGGAGACAUAAGUCAAAGGAUGUGGGAUGAUCAGACUGAGGGAAAGCGGAAAAGUUUUGGAUUACUUAAAUGUAAAGGUGAAACCCAGGAUCCAGCAUUCAGCUUGUUUAAGUACAAGCAUGCCUUCCUCUUCCCAUGGCGGUACUGUAUGUGCUUUUUACAUUGUGUUAUGUUGCACCCUUUUAGUUUGAAUUUGUCAAAGCAUACUUCAAAAAAUGUGAUUAUGAUGAUAUUAAUAUGCUGCCGACUGAGGAUCGCACCUAUUUGUAUUUCUUUUUGUGGGGGAAAAUAUUUGAAGGAGCAAAUAAUUUACUCUUCUAAACUUACCACCAAUUUCAUCUGUUACUUUCAGUUACAGAUUGUACAUUGGUACUAACCACUAGCAUACUGAGUUAAUGCUGUAGUGUUACUUUAAAUGAAGGUAUUCUCACUCUACUCUCUAAGGGUUGUUGUAUUUUAACUACAGAAUAACAACUGUAAAUGGUAUUAUGUUUCUCUUAUUGUCCUAGAUUUUAGUACUUAAAUGUCUAAUUAUGUCUGUUUGCAUCACAAGUGCCUGAGAACUAUUUCAGGUGUCCGCUGAUGUUGUACAUGUGUUGUUUGUUAGCUGUUUUUGUAAGUAUAUUUUCUUUAGUUGUUGUUUUUUAACUUGUAAAUAAUUCGUCUUUUUCUAGUUUUUAUUUUAGUUAGAGCAUAGAAGGCUCUACUGUACUAUGUGAAUGGAACGUUGUUACAAUAUCAAUGCUGUCCAACUUUAAAAGGGUAAGAAGGGCAAAAGGGAGAAAUCCAGACCCAAAUCUAAAAGAUUAAGGGUCUGGCAUUGAGUAAUGAAAAUGGCCCAACUCAAGAGGCAGC